AUGUCAUUUUGCUGCGGCCAACGCUUCCAACAACGACCUUCGACACCAGGCUUUUGGGCGCAGAGUACCCGCCAUUGGCACCCCGGAUUCAAGAUGUCGUCCCGUCAACCCAGAUUCAACCAAGAGAACCUCAUCGACACCACCCCUCUCCCCGACCACAUCCCCAAGGUCAAGGAGCUCGGCGCCAGCUCUGCACCCCUCCUUAGCGCUUCUUACUUCAUCGGUGCGCGAUGCAAGGACUACAACGAUGACUACAUGAUGUGCAAGACCGAGGCCAACGGUCGGGGUGAGCUGGAUUGCAUGAAGGAAGGCCGUAAGGUCACCAGAUGUGCGGCCAGCGUGAUCAAGGACUUGAACGAUCAUUGCCUGGCAGAGUUCCGCACUCACUGGCAGUGUUUGGAGAACCACAAUCAGCAGCUCUGGAACUGUCGAUCAGAGGAGCGAAAGCUGAACAAGUGUGUAUUUGACAAGCUGAAACUCGAGAAGACGAUACCCGACACACCCAAGGGCGAAACCCCAGUUCAUCUACGAGCACGCCAGAUCUUUUCGACUCACUAG